AGGUACACACCACCACACCCGGCUGCUAUUGUUCUUACAAUAGUAACCUGGAGUAACCUGAUAUUAACCAAUCAGUUUUCUUUCUAUUAUUCUGUCUCACUGCCCCACCUUACAAGGAAAGUAACUUUGAAAUGACCAACUUGUUUUUUGUUGUUUCUUCUUUCUUCAGCCCUUUUUCUGUCUGUAAAGCCAACCACAUCUGCUCCAUUCAAGGGAACACCUAUUCUGUUUUAUGGAAUGAAGUGGUGCCUGAAUCUAGAAUUGCAAUAAAGCCAAGUGAGAUCUUUAAAUUCGUUGUAAUUUUGCCUGACACUGUAGCAUGCUUUGCUAACCUCUAGGGACUGUAUUUGAAAAAUGACGUCUUAAGAAUAUUUCAAGAUUUUGGAAUUUUUAAACUUUCCAUGUUUGCUGUUUUGACUAUUUUCUGUCUUUUCCUGUAAAGUUUAUUUUCAGGGCCAGCAGGAAAGGGAAAGCUGGGUAGAUGAUCCCAGGCCCAUUUGGGAGAAGGCUAGGUCAUGGUUACCUCCAAGUACACAAGAUCUGUAGGAGUGAUCCAGGUGGCCUUUGGGGAAGAUUAAUUUGGGGGCAGUAAUCAAUAUGGAGACUACAAUAAUGAUAAACACUUGAGGAAAGCUAGGGAAAGCUGGAUGAGAGAGAAGAAACUGAAUUCAAAUAGGAAGACGAAUUAGCAAGAUUCAGUGAUUGAACAGGGUGUCUGUUAAGGAUCCUACCAGGCAAGAUUUCAAGUCUUGGUCACUCACAAGCUGCACCAGUAAUGCCAUUGCUCUUGAGAAGUCAAUCAGUUUAGGAAACUUUCCUUACAGAUCAGAAUACAACUUUUAGCAAGUAUUUAUGCAAGCAGUAUCUUGGCAAGUGUUCUUCUUGUAAAUUCUUAUACUUCUCGUUGUCAUAACUUUUGAAAAUGCUAUUACAGGUUAAUAUCCAGAUGGCAGAAUUAGGAAUUAGAGUGUGAAAGUUAAUCAUUCGAAUUGGGUCACUCUUGUCAUAGCCAACUAAAAGAGUGGAGAAGCCAGUGGGGGGGAAGCAGGGCACAUAACAUUGCUCCAAGAAUAGAAUUCUCUGCAAGCCUGGCUGCUGAAACCACCUGCUGUAACCUGAAAUAAGUUUUAUCUUCAGGUUUUAGCUUCUGAAAGAACCUGCUGCAGCUGUAGGGCAAGUUUUACCAACCCCCUUCACUCACCAAUCAGAACUAACCAGCUGCCCAAAACUUUACUAAAUGUCAAUGAACUUUCUGGAAAAACAAUAGAUAACUUUUUUUUUUUUUUUUAAAUAAAACCCCCUAACUCCUCUUUGUUCUUCUCACAUACUGAAGACCACCCUGUAUUUGUAAUAACCUGAACUUGCAAUUACUGUGUCCCAAAUGAAACGCUAAAUGUAGAGAUUCGUCUCUUCGUAUUUGACUUCGACAGGGUCGCAAGCAAAACCACACAUUUAAAACAGACUUGGUAAAAUCAGCCAAUUAUGAAAAGAAACGGACGAUUCCUUUUUCUCUUCUGGUUUAGUCUUCGCCCCGCAGCCUCCGCGAUUCUUUCGAACGGCGGUUCUACCCCGUGACCUUUUCACUUUCCAAGUCAACGGACUGGGGGUCGUUACACACGCGGAGGGCCCGGAACGCACGGCUCCUCGCCUGCAAAUUCCGAGCAGUCCGGAUUUUGGGGCUGCCGCCCGGCCACACCAACUAGCAGCUCGCACCCACAUGGUGACCGGGCCCUGGCCCUCGCCCCCGACCGGCGCGUGGGUCUUCGAGGGCCCGCGACGCGGCGCACAUGUCGGUGCCCGCCUCCCGCGUCGGCGACAAGACAGGGAGCUCGGACACGGGGAGGCUGACCCGGAGCCUACCCAUGAGGCAGCGCGCCGGCUGCACGAGAGCCCCCCCUUUCCACGGCUCGGCUGCCAGCUCCGCAAUGGGAGCCGCCGCCGUCGCCGCAGUGUAGUUUUUCGUGCUCCUCCUUUUCCUCCUCCUCUUUCUCCUCCUCCUCAGGGCUCCAGUCAGGCCGAUCCGCUCCGCUCACGGAAGGAAAACAGAAAUAACUUGCUGCCUUGUCUGGAGUCACAUGUACUUAGGUGACAAUUUACAGAAAGUCAUCUCUGCAGCUUGAUGGGCGACAACCCUUUUCAACCAAAAAGUAAUUCAAAAAUGGCAGAACUGUUUAUGGAAUGUGAAGAAGAGGAGCUGGAACCAUGGCAGAAGAAAGUAAAAGAAGUUGAGGAUGACGAUGAUGAUGAGCCAAUCUUUGUUGGAGAGAUAUCAAGUUCAAAACCAGCAAUUUCAAAUAUUUUGAACAGAGUUAACCCCAGCUCAUAUUCAAGGGGAUUAAAGAAUGGUGCACUCAGUCGAGGUAUUACUGCUGCAUUCAAGCCUACAAGUCAACACUACACGAAUCCAACAUCAAAUCCAGUGCCUGCCUCACCAAUAAAUUUUCAUCCUGAGUCUAGAUCUUCAGAUAGUUCUGUUAUUGUUCAGCCUUUUUCUAAACCUGGUUAUAUAACAAACUCAUCACGAAUUGUGUCUAAUAAGUCAUCAGAGUUACUAUUUGACUUGACCCAGGAUACAGGAUUAUCACAUUACCAAGGGGGACCAACACUUUCUAUGGCAGGUAUGAAUGAAAGUUCAUUUUUAUCAAAACGUCCUUCUACUUCUGAAGUAAAUAAUGCUAAUCCAAAGAAGCCUAAGCCCAGUGAAAGUGUUUCUGGAGCAAAUUCUUCAACUGUAUUACCUUCAGUUAAAUCUCCUUCAGUGACAUCUUCCCAGGCUAUGCUAGCAAAAGGUGCAAAUACCUCAUCAAAUCAAUCUAAAAAUGGAACACCUUUUCCAAGAGCCUGUCCAAAGUGCAACAUUCAUUUCAAUCUUUUGGAUCCUUUGAAAAAUCACAUGAAGUAUUGUUGUCCAGACAUGAUAAAUAACUUUUUGGGACUGGCUAAAACAGAAUUUUCAAGUACAGUAAAUAAAAACACAACUAUUGAUUCAGAGAAAGGAAAAUUGAUCAUGUUAGUUAAUGACUUUUAUUAUGGAAAACAUGAAGGAGAUGUCCAGGAAGAACAGAAGACUCAUACAACCUUUAAAUGCUUCAGUUGCUUGAAAAUUCUAAAAAAUAAUAUUAGGUUUAUGAACCACAUGAAACACCAUUUGGAACUUGAGAAGCAGAGCAGUGAGAGCUGGGAAAACCAUACCACCUGCCAGCACUGCUACCGUCAGUUUCCCACACCAUUUCAGUUGCAGUGCCACAUUGAAAGUACACAUACCCCCCAUGAAUUUUCUACUAUUUGUAAAAUCUGUGAAUUGUCAUUUGAAACAGAACAUGUUCUUUUACAACACAUGAAGGACAAUCAUAAACCUGGUGAAAUGCCAUAUGUCUGCCAGGUUUGUAAUUAUAGAUCAUCAUCAUUUUGUGAUGUAGAAACUCAUUUUAGAACAUCCCAUGAAAAUACGAAGAACUUGCUAUGCCCGUUUUGCCUCAAAGUUAUUAAAAUUGCAACACCAUAUAUGCAUCAUUAUAUGAAGCAUCAGAAAAAAGGAAUACAUCGUUGUACAAAAUGCAGGCUGCAGUUUUUGACAUGCAAGGAGAAAAUGGAUCAUAAGGCUCAACACCAUCGAACAUUUAUAAAACCUAAACAACUAGAAGGGUUGCCUCCUGGAACAAAAGUUACUAUUCGAGCUUCAGUUGGACCUCUGCAAUCAGGAGCUUCACCUGCACCUUCCAUUAGUGCAAGUGCUUCUACCCUUCAGCUUUCACCUCCAAGGACUAAAAAUAUAACUGCUAAAAAUCCUGCAAAAUUUAAUACAAGUAAACCUAAUACAAUCAAAUCCAACGCAAGUAAACCUAAUACAAGUAAGCCUAAUGGAAGUAAAUCUAAAUACAAACCAAAAAUCUCUAAUAUGCAAAAGAAACAAAGCACAUUGGCUAGUAGCAAUAAAAAAAGUAAAGUCAAUACAGCAUUGAGGAAUUUAAGGUAUCGUCGGGGCAUUCACAAGUGCAUUGAGUGUUGUUCCGAAAUAAAAGAUUUUGCAAACCACUUUCCUACGUACGUCCACUGUAGUUUUUGCAGAUACAACACUAGCUGUAGCAAAGCCUAUGUAAAUCAUAUGAUGAGCUUUCAUAGUAACCGUCCAAGCAAAAGAUUUUGUAUUUUUAAGAAGCAUUCAGAAAAUCUCAGGGGCAUUACUCUAGUGUGCCUUAAUUGUGAUUUCCUAAGUGAUGUUUCUGGCUUAGAUAAUAUGGCUACACACUUAAGUCAACAUAAAACUCAUACUUGCCAAGUUGUAAUGCAGAAAGUUUCUGUUUGUAUCCCAACUUCUGAGCACCUUUCUGAAUUAAAAAAAGAAGCUCCCACAAAGGAACAAGAACCUGUGUCUAAGGAAAUUGGAAGACCUAACAUGGCUGAAAGAGAAACAGAAACAUCAAAUUCUGAAAGUAAACAGGAUAAGGCUGCUUCUUCAGAAGAAAAAAAUGGAUGUAAUGCAAAUUCAUUUGAAGGCUCAUCAGCAACAAAAAGUGAAGAAAGCCUAAGAGUUUCAGAUAAGGAAAAUGAAACCUGUCUUGCAGACCAGGAAACUGGCUGCAAAAACAUCUUCAGUUGUGAUUCAAAUAUUGGUGCAGAUAAAGUGGAAAAGAAAAAACAAAUACAACAUGUUUGUCAGGAAAUGGAGUUGAAGAUGCGCCAAAGUUCAGAAAACAUAAUCUUAUCUGCUCAGAUUAAGGAUCACAACUCCAGUGAAGCCAGAUUUUCUUCAAAGAAUAUUAAGGAUUUGCGGUUAACAUCAGAUAAUGUUAGCAUUGAUCAGUUUUUGAGAAAAAGAGAUGAACCUGAAUCUGUUAGUUCUGAUGUUAGUGAGCAAGGCAGUAUUCAUUUGGAACCUCUGACUCCAUCAGAGGUACUUGAGUAUGAAGCCACAGAGAUUCUUCAGAAAGGUAGUGGUGAUCCUUCAGCCAAGACUGAUGAAGUAGUGUCUGAUCAAACAGAUGACAUUCCUGGAGGAAAUAACCCCAGCACAAUAGAGGCAACAGUAGACCUGGCAGAUGAAAAAGAAAGAAGUUGAAAUUAGUCAUUUUAAGUUUCAGUGUACCAACGAUAAGGGCAUUUGGAACAGUGCUAUCAGGUGAGCUCAGUGGUGCUUUUGUAGGUUCAGAAAUGGAAAUAUGUAAGGGAGGUCACACAUACACUUUACCUGUAUGUUCAACCUAUGUUAUCAAAUCAAUUUGCCAAUAAUAGCAUGAUUAGUAGGGAUUCCCAAGAAACAUGAACAAGAUUUUAAUGAUAGUUACAGUUGCAGUGGAAAGGUCUCGUUUAAUGGUUUUCAAGGAAAUGGGAUUUGGUUGCUGACAUGAAUUGAUUAUAUUAGUUAUAUUUAUAAAGCCUUUCAAACUUCCAUCAGUCCUAAGCUAAAAAUCCUUAUUACUUAUACAUCCUUUUCAGUGAACUGAGAGGAAAAAAUUUGGAAACCAUGUACUUUUUGGGAGUAACUGAUUUAAAAUAAUGGCUGAUUGGCAUUGUUAAUGAAGGCUUUAUUUUUUAGGAUGAUGCUGGUAAAUGGAGCAUGCUUAGAGUACGAAAUUGACCUAAUGAGAAUUUGGAUGAACAUAAACUUAAUUUUGGAUUUAAUAUAACAUUCCAGUCUGUCAGACGCAUGUAAACAGAAUAUUUGAAUCUUUGUACCUCCAUACAAGUGUUAGCCUGCUAGGCUGUAAGCUUACCUUAAUUAAACUUUCAGUGAAAGUGGAAUUAUUAAGAUAUAAAUUUAUAUUUGUGCUUUUUGUCAGUGUGUAAGCUGUGUAGAAAUUCUUCGAUGUAUUAGUUGUAUUAAUGUAAAGUAGACACCCAUUGUUGAAACUCCUGUAGCUAUUAUGCUUUUAAUAUUGUUUUAAUGAUCUGCUUUAGAAAUAGGCCCAUAAAAAUGGUCUGGAAGCCAAACCAAAGUAUGGUAUAAUGUAGAUAUUGUAAAACAGUAAACUGAAAACAUAUCCUGGCAUGUAUUCAGCCAUGUUUAAGUGACUUUUCUGUAAUUGUAAAAUAAAAACUUCAAAUGGGACCUAAAACAGUGAUGUAAAAAACUGGCUUUGGAGAUUUAGCCUAAUUUAUCUAUAAGAUGGCUGCUACAUUGAUUUCUCAGUUUUUUUAUCAUCUAGAAUAUAAUAGAUAUAGAAAUGAAUAAUAUGAAGAACAGUAGUUUGCUUUGAAGUACUAAUAAACUUUUAUUUAAAAUGCUUCAUUUUUACUUCUUAAAAUGUGCUUUGGAUUCUUAAAUUUUGUUUCACUGAAUGUUCAAUGUUUUAAAUGGCGAUUAAAACUCUGCUGUAUAUAGUACUUUUUGAGUAAAUAUUUGCAAUAAAAAUCUGUCCCCGAAUAA